AAGGCAGGUGACAGCCAAGGCCAUGACACGUGCAGUGACAUGUGAUGUCACAAACACACUGCCUUUCCAAAAAAAUCAAAUACCAUUUAUCCCCGGCCCCAUCGUGGGCCUAGUCAUAGUCAGCGUCCAAGCUGUCCCUGUACCUCGACUGUGCGUUGGUGAUGGUAGUGACAUACGUGAUCUGUUUGGUCUUGACAGUCUGAACCCAGACUACAAUAGUAAAGUUCAAACCACUCAGGGUAAACCAAACGAACCAGGUCGAGAUCGCAAAAUGAAAUGUGCUGUUGGAUAUCUCGUGCAGGGUCUCUGACGAGGACUCGGAGGUGAAACUUCAAGGAAACUACUGCUCGUCUCUGAAAGAUAUGUGGAAGGUGGAACGCCCAUUAGGCAACAAUGAACUGUCUUACUUUCUUCCUUCUCGCGCGAGCGGCGUUAAUGACAUGUACCUUCACUUAGGCUUCGAUGCUCCGGAACACGUCAUUCGCCGGUCUCGUGUUCGUGUGGUUUGGGCAAUCCUUCGUAUUCGCCAUCCACUAUUGGCUUCAAAGGUCGUUAUGCAAGAUUACGACGACGUCAGAUUUGUAUUCAACCCUCCGCGAUCUCCUGAAGAUGCUUUGGUUGAUGCAGACAUCAAUUUGGACUACAGAACUUCGACCAAGGAUGAACUAAUUGAUUCAUAUCUAAAUGGAGCCCGAACAUUGUCCAACGACCGUUUGUCCUAUCUUGUCGUGUCUCAAGGAGGCAUUUCUUUACCUAGCCCCCCUCUAACGCCGCGCUCCACGUCACCGUUUGACGAAUGCGAAUCUCCCUCAUAUAAUCAUGACAUCAUGAUCUGUGCCGCUCACUUUUUGGGAGAUGGUAUGGCGUUGCACCAAUUCGCAAACGACUUUUUUGGACUGCUCGGUAGUGACAAAACCGUUUCUGAACUUGAAGGUCAGCUGAAGGAAGAGCUCAAUUCUCGAUGGGGCGUAGACACUGCCAGGCAUGCUGUAUUACCAAAUGCCUUGGAAGACAACUUUACCGUUAGUCCUAGUAAACUGCGCAGGGCAGCCGAAAAGGUCGACUUCCAGUUGAGCCAGCGAAAACUUGUGGGCGGUCAUUCGUUUCGUCGACAGACGAAACAGCCUAGGCAUACCAUUGUCCCUACUGUUUCUUAUGACACUGAGCGAACGAAGAGCAUCCUGAAAAGAUGCAAAGCGCAUGGUGUUUCCGUCUCCGCAGCUAUAUUUGCUGCAUGUAACAUUGCUUGGGCAAAGAUGUGCUCUGAGAAAAAGGAUUUGUCAAUGAUGAUGUACUCGGCUUUAAACCUGCGCCCAUAUUUCACGGUGAAGCCAGCAAAUGAUUCGUACUGGUUUCUUGCGAUUGGUUAUUUCAACGUGAUUCUUCCAACUUUUAUACCUCGGUCGAUCGACUUGUCUUCGGUAUUCUGGCAUCGGGCUCGGAUUGCAAAAGAGCAGAGCACCCAAGCUGCCAAAAGUCGGAUGAUCAUCUCACGUAGUCUCUUGAUGACUGAAGAGAGGGGACAGCGGGCUCGUCUUUGGGCCAAAGAAGACGAUGAAAGGGAACGUGGAACAUUUGUCCCGCCUCCUGUUCCGGCAGUGGAUACCGAACCACGUACGCCUUCUGCCGCGUUGAUUGGCUUAUCCCUUCUAGGAAACCUCGAUGGCAUAUACAAACACGGAACCUUCCCUGCUAUCAAGCUCCACACAUUGACAACUGGUUCGCGGCAGCGGUCUGGAGGCAUGUUGCUAUUUGGGUACACGUUCGCCGGCAAGUUGUGGGUCAGCCUCGGAUAUGAUGUGAAUGGUUUUGAUAAGGUAAUGGUGGGGCAGUUCUGGGAGAACAUGCUGCAGAUAAUGGACGAAUUGCUUUGAAAUGAUACCAAGACUAAUUGUAGCAUGGCGGAAGCGAAAGGAAACCGGACUGUGCGAAUUACCCCAGGGACUUGUAGUUAGUUUACGCAUAAUCCAGACAUUUUCUCUUUAGAACAUUUCUUGUGGACACUACAAACCUUCCUUCUAUUUUUCGUACCCUUGACUCCCACAUAGUUAUAUUGGACUAGCGUCUUGCUCGAAUGACACUACUCGAUUCAGUGCAUCGACAAGGUCAGCGCCGACGGAGCAGCAAGAGAAUUCACAAUGAAACUACUGCAGUUGCACUCCUCGCUGAGGCAGAAGACACUGAGCUCAUUGUUAUUUCAGUCGUCUUGGACCGAUGACAACGAGGACCAUAUAAAUCCGAGGAUUUCUUAGUCCCAUGAGAUCUAGAGCUUCGGUGGCUUGGCACACAGCUUACUCCAAUAACUUCAGAUGUGAAAUAAACAACACUGAC